CAGGAAGUUCCGCAUUACGACUGCGGAUGAAGAUAACAGACGAGUGGCUAAGGCUAAUGUUGGCUAACUAAUUAGCAGGACAGGUCUUUGCCAUCGUGUGUUUCAGCCUCAACCAUGGAACAGUGUGCAUGUGUGGAGCGGGAGCUGGAGAAAGUGCUCCACCGCUUCGUAAUGUACGGCCACCAGUCUGAGGAGAGGCUAGAUGAACUUCUACGCAGUGUCUGUGAGAUACGUGCACAACUAGUUGCUUUUGCAGGAGUACAAGAUGCAGACCUAUCAGUCCUGUCCCAGAAUAUGGCCCAGUGUUGUAAGAAUAUUAAAGAAACAGUACAGAUGCUGGCAUCUCGACAUAAAGACAUUCACGGCAGCGUGUCAAAAGUUGGCAAAGCCAUCGACAGGAAUUUUGAUGCAGAGAUCAGUGCGGUGGUGGCAGAGACAGUGUGGGAUACCCCAGAGAGACAGAAACACCUUAGUGAGUCCAUUGUGGAGCACUUGUACCGACAAGGGAUGCUCAGUGUGGCAGAGGAUCUUUGUCAGGAGUCCGGUGUAGUUAUUGACAUGAGUAUGAAGCAGCCUUUCCUGGAACUAAACAGGAUCCUUGAAGCUCUGAGGAUGCAGGAUCUCAGGCCGGCAUUAGAGUGGGCCGUCUCAAAUCGCCAGCGUCUUCUUGAACUGAACAGCAGUUUAGAGUUCAAGUUGCACCGUUUGUACUUCAUAAGUUUGCUCAGUGGAGGAAUCGGCAACCAGAUGGAUGCCCUGCAGUACGCCAGGCACUUCCAGCCUUUCGCAUCCCAACACCAGAGAGAUAUCCAGAUCUUGAUGGGCAGUCUGGUCUAUCUACGUCAUGGCAUUGAAAACUCUCCGUAUCGCAGCCUGUUGGAGACAAAUCAGUGGGCUGAGAUCUGUAACAUCUUUACCAGGGAUGCCUGUGCUCUACUGGGGCUCUCUGUAGAGUCUCCACUAAGUGUUAGUUUUGCGUCGGGAUGCAUGGCCUUACCGGUGCUGAUGAACAUCAAACAGGUGAUCGAACAGAGACAAUGCAGCGGCGUGUGGACGCACAAAGAUGAGCUCCCUAUUGAAAUUGACCUGGGCAAGAAGUGCUGGUACCACUCGGUGUUCGCCUGCCCCAUUCUUCGGCAGCAGACCUCAGAGAGCAAUCCCCCCAUGAAGCUCAUCUGUGGCCAUGUCAUCUCCAGAGAUGCACUCAACAAACUCACCAAUGCUGGGAAGUUGAAAUGCCCUUACUGCCCCAUGGAGCAGAACCCGUCACAUGCCAAGCAGAUCUAUUUUUGAUACCAUGCACUCUCCUCGUCAAGGAUGAAGUUACCUGGAGCUCUCUGAAUGUCCAGGACCCUUUGCUCUGGCCCCUGUCCUCUAUCCCUGGCCUCUCGGCCUGUUUAUUGUAAAAGCAUUAAGGUUUUAUUCCAGUGCUCCUCCGGACGGCCUCCGCAGUCCUGUAACCCAACUCGGACCCUCCAACUUUGCAUAGCAUUCAAGUCCUGCACGGUUGGUCGAACGAAAGCUUGUAGUAGAGUGAAGAGUCGAUCAGGUUGCCUUCGUAACGAAGCGCCUUCGAAAAGAUCAUAGAAAUUCAUUUAGAAAUGCCUGCAGAGUAAUAGGCUUAUCAUAUGUAUUACUUUCUAUUGUUUAGUUUUUUUUUUUUUUUUGCUUUUUUGACUUUUGGGUUGAACGAGUUGUUUUUUUCUUUUUAUUUAAAAGCAGAGAGAUAAUUACAAAUGGGUUUAGUGUUUGAGGUAAAUGGAGUCGAUAGGCAGAGUCUGCUUUCAGGACAGUGAUAAACUUGUAUUACUUAUGAGAUAACCCUCAGAGUAGCAAACUCCACUGAACGCUGAUAACAUCCUGGUUAAGGGGGAGGAAAAGUGAGGUGAUCUCCCUUUAAUUGAACUCUUGAUCGUGGCUCCUUCAUGUCGUACUAAAGGCCUGAAAGCCACUGCUGGUUGAUGAGUAAAACAAUGAAUUCCUCAGCGGUUGGAACAGCUUUCUUUCUUUCUCUCGUUCCGUUUUUGUUUCCUCCUGUGACUGACUGCACCAGCAAGAUUUUCCUCAUUCUAGAAGCCAUUUGUCUUGUUCUGUGUGUGUAUUUAACAAAAGUGACAAAAAGCAAACAAAAAUAUACAGUGUACUACUGUGAAAUGUGUUCUGUUCCUAUUUUCCUUCACCACCACCACAUAUAUAGUACUUACCUUGCACAGGAACACACUUAAUCAGCACUAUUGCGUAACUAAGAUAAGUGACUCAAAAGCCUACUCCACUCGUGCCAUCGCUUCAGUCUGUGUAUCCUAAGCUAGCACGCCAUGUGACUUGGAGAUGUAAAUUGGUGUGAUGGUAGCCUUAUAGUAUGACUUGCAGUGACUGUGGGCUUGUGAAGUUUUACUUGUGGUGGGUGGGUAAGUCUUCUGGUCAUUGUGGCAGUUGUUUUAUAUAUAAACAUAUAUAUACUCAAGAAUGCCUCUGUUUGAUUCAGGAAAGUGACAGUAAGAUCUUCACAGUUCCUCAGGGUUCAUGUUAGUAACUCAUACCACACUUUACAUUUAGUAUUAAAAAAAAAAAAAGGAAAAAAAAAGUGCAUUUACAUACGGAGUUAUUGUAUUACAUUUUACACAGUUGAAGCCAAUGGUUGGCUGUGGGAGUUCCUGGAGUUUGUACAUACUCUGUGUUUCGUGCGUCAGGUUGAACUUGGAGGAGGCGUGAAGGCGGCUGGAUGUGCAGCACAGCCUGUGCAGAGCUGACGCAGGUUCCCGCCGUCCUCCCGGACAUAUAUGGUGAUGUCACCUCACGUUCCCGUGAGGCAAGCUUCCUCAGCAAACUUAACGCACCAGCAUCGCUGCCCCCCAACACCCCACACCAAUGGUGCACCGUUAAUCUCCGUUUCAAAAAAACGACUUUAUAUCCUGUUUUUAUUUUAUUCCCUCACUUGGUUGACAAUCAUUCACCGCUUCUCUCAGUCUCCCUCUGGAUAGAAUGCGAGCGUGUUGUAUACUCCUUAUCCUCUAAUUUUUGCUAAAUGUUUUGCUUUUGUGUGUUAUGCAACUUUUACUGUACAUAUUUAUCCGCUAACAUGUUUCAUAUAUUUGCAUCUGAUAUUCAAAAAUAAAAUAAAAAUAUACUCCAGUCA